AUGUGGGGUGCCCUGUCUGCCUCCCAGAUUGACCAGGAUGGGCUCACCCUGCCCGAGAGGACCCUGUACCUAGCUCAGGAUGAGGAGAGCGAGAAGAUCCUGGCGGCCUACAGGGUGUUCAUGGAGCGUCUGCUGAGACUUCUGGGAGCCGAGGCUGUGGAGCAGAAAGUCCAGGAGAUCCUGCAGCUGGAGCAGAGGCUGGCCAACAUCACCGUGUCAGAGUAUGAUGACCUGCGUCGCGAUGUCAGCUCCAUGUACAACAAGGUGACGCUGGCGCAGCUGCAGAAGAUCACCCCCCAUCUGCGCUGGAAGUGGCUGCUGGACCAGAUCUUCCAGGAGGACUUCUCGGAGGAGGAGGAGGUGGUGCUGCUGGCCACAGACUACAUGCAGCAGGUGUCCCAGCUGAUCCACUCCACGCCCCGCAGGAUCCUGCACAACUACCUGCUGUGGCGUGUGGUGGUGGCACUGAGCGAGCACCUGUCCACCCCGUUCCGGGAGGCGCUGCAUGAGCUGGCGAGGGAGAUGGAGGGCAGCGACAAGCCCCAGGAGCUGGCUCGCGUCUGCCUGGGCCAGGCCAAUCGCCACUUUGGCAUGGCUCUUGGUGCCCUUUUUGUACAUGAGCACUUCUCGGCUGCCAGCAAAGCCAAGGUGCAACAGCUGGUGGAAGACAUCAAGUACAUCUUGGGUCAGCGCCUGGAGGAGCUAGAUUGGAUGGAUGCCCAGACCAAGGCAGCUGCUCGGGCCAAGCUCCAGUACAUGAUGGUCAUGGUAGGCUACCCAGACUUCCUGCUUAAGCCCGAGGCUGUGGACAAGGAGUAUGAGUUUGAGGUCCACGAGAAGACCUACUUCAAGAACAUCCUGAACAGCAUCCGCUUCAGCAUCCAGCUCUCUGUCAAGAAGAUUCGACAGGAGGUGGACAAGUCCACGUGGCUGCUUCCCCCACAGGCGCUCAACGCCUACUAUCUACCCAAUAAGAACCAGAUGGUGUUCCCAGCUGGCAUCCUGCAGCCCACACUGUAUGAUCCUGACUUCCCACAGUCUCUGAACUUCGGGGGCAUUGGCACCAUCAUCGGGCACGAGCUGACCCAUGGCUACGAUGACUGGGGGGGCCAGUAUGACCGCUCUGGGAACCUGCUGCACUGGUGGACCGAGGCUUCGUACAGCCGCUUCCUGCGCAAGGCCGAGUGCAUCGUCCGUCUCUAUGACAACUUCACUGUCUACAACCAGCGGGUGAAUGGAAAACACACACUUGGUGAGAACAUUGCAGACAUGGGUGGCCUCAAGCUGGCCUACUAUGCCUAUCAGAAGUGGGUGCGGGAGCACGGGCCGGAGCACCCGCUGCACCGGCUGAAGUACACACACAAUCAGCUCUUCUUCAUCGCCUUUGCCCAGAACUGGUGUAUCAAGCGGCGGUCGCAGUCCAUCUACCUUCAGGUGCUGACUGACAAGCAUGCUCCUGAGCACUACAGGGUCCUGGGCAGCGUGUCUCAGUUUGAGGAGUUCGGCCGGGCCUUCCACUGUCCCAAGGACUCGCCCAUGAACCCCACCCACAAAUGCUCUGUGUGGUGA